AUGUCUGCCACAAUAAAAGCAUGUCUAAAGGAAAUCGACCAAUUAGAGCGAUCUGCCUACAAGCACAUCCACACAAUUUCUAGUGGCCAAUAUAUUUCAGACUCAGACGAGCUUCCGGAAGUCUCAAGGUCAACUCAAGUAAAAGAGGCCAAUGAACUUAUACGACGAAUCCCAGACUUGCUAUGCGUCAUUGAUGUAGCAUUACGUAACAGUAAUCAAGAAGAAACGGAAAGAUUGUUUCUCAGGGAGAAAUACGAGCUCUACCAACAAAAGGAGCUGACAUUGAAGCUUGAGCUCAAAAAGGCUCAAUUGAGUGCGUAUGCCAAGGAGAAUCAAGCCAUCCAUGAACAGAGGUUGGCGAAGUAUAAUUGCAUUGCCACGGAUACUGAAAAAAAGCCGUUAUCAACAGACUUGUUUGAGGGAAGAUCGGCCAAAUUAUCAGCUAAGGAACACUCUGUAGAAGAACAAAUCACCUCGCACAACAAAAAUAUUACCUCCAGUUUGAAACAGACUCGUCAAUUGAUGACCAUGUCGGUGAUGCAAACAGAACUUAAUAUAGACUCUCUAGAUCAACAGUACAAGGAUCUCAACACAUUCAACUCGAAAAUGGUCGACAUGGAGUCGAUACUUUUGAAGUCCAGACAGAUUGUCAAGUUUAUCGAGAAACAAGAUAGAAAUGAUAAGCGAAGAAUCUACAUGGCUGUGGGAUUUCUUCUCUUGUGCUCAGCGUGGGUGCUUUGGCGUAGAGUGUUGAAGACACCCGUCAGAAUACUCAUGUGGACUAUUCUCAAGACCUUUGGCGUCGUCAAUUGGAUUACAUCAAAAACAUUAACGCAAAAGAUCGAUUAUGGAUUAUCGUCUCUGGACAUUAAUAGUGAGUCUAUCAUGUCAACAUUAACGAUCGCGCCCACCCUGACAAGUUCGUAUGGUCACUAUGUUCAAGAUGUCGAAGAUGUUCUGAAAAUUCUAACAUGGAGCGCAGAAACUGAAGAGCCUGGAACACAUCUGUAUUCUGAAAUCGUUCCGGGGCCUUCCCUGUACUCCAAAACUAUCCUAGAGUCUUCUUUAACAGCCACCACAUCAACACUUCUGAGUACAACUACCGUGCUUGAAAAUGAGUAUGAAGAAAUUCCUCUUCAAGAAACAGAAUCAAAUAAAAUCAAUAUGAUAGACACUGUCGAGAGUGCCUUAGACGAGGAAACCGUCAAUGAGCUUUCACAGGAGAAUUCAUCUAUUGCCUCAGACGAUCUAGAACUCUCUGAAACACUGAAUUCUAUAGAAACUACUGCUGCUGAGCAAAGUACUAGUCAUAUGACUGCUGCUACCUCAUUAUCUACGAUUGACACUCAUGAUCAUAGCAAUGUGUAUUCUGUGGAUGCUGAAACUGAAACUAGUCUUAUCCCAAUUGAGGAGCCUAUUGCUACGCUCUUACCAUCAGAUAAAGACUCUUUUCCUGCCCAUGAAGCUAUUGCCGUUGAACUCGAUGAGAAUUUGAAUGAGGAAAUACCGGAAACCCUUAGUGAUACCGAUUGUCUGGGCGUACUCAACGAUCGCGAUUAUGAGAGUAAUUAG